GCGUCAGGGGUUGCCAUGGAUACAUCUAUUUUUAAACACGGAGCUGAACAAGAGAAAGGAUGCUAUUGGUUAUUGCCACGUAUGCAACCCUCUCCCGGCUUUGGAUAAAGUCCUGGCGGAAAGUGAGCUAGCCCAGAACAGAUCUGACACCCGAGGACCACUGACACAGCCCGGCAGACAAGCCGCACAGGUCGACACGUCCUCAGUCUUCUCACCGACUCUUCAGUCACAGUAAAACAGUUGACGGCACAAAGUGUGUCACAAAUUAGACAAUAUUUCAUCAUCAAUCCAGAAACGUACAGCGAAGAGAUAUCCAUGAUGAACAGGCAAUUCCUCUUCUGUUUGGUGCUUUUGACAAUACCGGCACUGACAGUGCAAAUGUGCCCUGAUGGGUUUGAAGAGGUUGACGGGAGGUGCUUCUGUGCCUCCACCACGGAGAGAACCUUCGAAAUGGCUAUGUACGACUGUAUGUACAAAGCUCCAGGUAGCUCCCUAGUUGUGAUCGACGACGCGGAAGACAGGGAAGACGCUAUGUUUGGACUUAGUGGACCUGUGCCAUACUGGAUCAACCCGAACAGUUUAGAUGUGGAUUUCAACACCCCACCUGAUGUUGAGAACUGUUACAUCUGUGAAGCGCCCCAAUGCCCUCCAACAACCCCUCUGCCUACAGUCUUUGAUUACGGAGCCGCAGUCAGUGCGUACGACAAUCUCGAGGCCACACUGGGCCCUGAGAUCUCUGCGGAGCUUGGGAUGGGUUCCUUCCGCCAAGACCUGGACCUGUACGCAGGGUAUGACGGCAACCAACUCGCCAACCUCCCCAACAUCUCCGGCAUCAUCAUCCAACCUGAGCGCUGGGCUGUAUGCUACGCCAGCGGUGAAGGCGUCAUCACAGGACUGUUCCUACCAGAAACCAGGAACUUCGACCCAAAUGUUGGGCUACCAGUCGAGCUGCCAAGCUCCGCCGUCGCAGUGGUCAGGGACAACUACCCACUGUUCUUCAACCGGUACCUGUCAAACCUGGAAACAGACUAUGCCAACUCGCGCGACGACGUGGACUUUGACGAGGUUACGUACGGACCGGACGCCAACUGCCCCUAUCCCCCGCGCACCGAGCUGGGAGGCGGGUUUGACUUGGACCGCAUCCCCCCAGCCCUUUGCUUCCCCAUCAUUGAGCGUGAAGUCGUAGACCCUGACCCUGCCGCUCGCGCCAUGAUUGUCAUUGUCACCAUUGAAGUUGUCGGUGAUACUAUCUGGAUUGAGAUUCUCGUGUUUAGGACCCGUUAAGAGGACGGGACUAACAUUAAGUCCACAAACCCAUGAGCAAAGUACAUUAGCAAACCAAUAAGAUAUGUCUGCAGGCUGAGUUUAAAGGGAAAGUCGGUUCCAAAAAGUCAUUUGAACGCAAAUUCAACCAAAAGUUGUUAAUGGUCAAUACAGAUCAACAAGUUUCUUCAGCUACAACUCAUACAAAUCAAGCAUUUUAAAACACACUGCUAAUUCUAGUACAUAGUACAUGGUACUGAGCUCAUAGGAAAAUUGUGGAUAAUGUUUUUGCUGUUAUACCAACUAAAUCUCAAGGGGAUAUCUUAAACGUACACUCGUGUAUCUCCUUACUUUGCGCAAAUAUUACUGCGACCAUUGCUGCCAAAUGCAAACAUUACUCAAGAAAUGCGUACAAGCCAACUAAGAAACUUUGAUUCUCCUUUUCCUUUGAAAAUCACACAUGAGCAAGAAAAUCAACAAUAUCAGUGCUAACACAUCUACAUUUGUAAUUCUAUACCUUCGCACUGCUGAAGUGUAUAUGGAUAUUUCACAUGGACAUGAGAUAGUAAAACAUCAACCUGUGAUAGUGUAAAACAUACACCCUUAUGUUCAGAUCAGUAAAACAAUUAAUUGUAACCUGAUGAAAGAAGAUCAUGUAGACAGUUUAGUUUUUCAACACUUGCUUCAUCACUGUGAUUCAAAACUAAUAACAUAUUCAGUAAGCAAUGCCAAGAAUCUGUAUUUCAAUCUACUCUUAUGGCUAUACUAUACUAUACUAUACUAUACUAUACUAUACUAUACUAUACUAUACUAUACUAUACAAAAGUUGGUUAGAGAUUGUACAAGCAUAAGAAAUGUUUAAAGCAUAGACCAAUGGAUGUAACUUCACUCAAGCUAAAGUAUAAUAGUUUACGCUUUACACAGUCAUGUUAUUUAUAAACCUUAUGCGAUUGGAAAUAUAUACAUCAGAUAUAUACACCAGGAUAGUUAUUCAUAAUAAGUCUAACACCAUAAGGAAAACAUC